AUGAGAGGUGGCAUCAGAUAGGCUGGUGCUUAAUAGUAAAACCCAGAAAAGAAGGAGCAAGAGUUGCCAAAACCUAAUAAUCUUGAGCUAAUGAGGAACAGAUAUCCUGAAAAGUAGAGAAAGAAUCAAUCAUUAAGGUAAAACAAGGUGCCUAAGGUUGAUGAAAUAUUUAAUUUGCUCUAUUAAACUCAAAGACUCAGUGAGCCUGUGCCAUCCUCAGAGUAAAUCAAUGAAAGAAGAGUCUCAUUUAGUAGUAGCAUUGAUUUAUAGGAAAGUUCAAACAAAACUAAUUUGAAAAAGAGGAGAAGAAACAGCUCUAAUGAUCAGAAUCUGAUAUCUAAGUUUGAUGAUUCUUCUCAGAAGAGGCUUAGAAUUAAUCUUGAAGAAGAGUCUAAGAUAUAACCACAUGAAAAAGUCUUAAAAGUUUCGGUCAAUGUGAAUACUUAAAGAUCUAUAUCGCAACAAAUUUUAAAAGGAAAUGAUAUAAAAUCAAGUUAAGAAAUGAUAGUUUAAUAGCAGAAAUCACAAAAUUGCAAGGCUUAUUAUCCUUGUGAUAUCUAAAUAGCCUAGAAUAAUUAAAGAUACCAAUAAGAAGACUCUGAUUUGGAAUUGGGAGAAAUAAGACCUUCACUAAAAAAUGAGCAAGAAGAUGCUGAUAUGAUUGGUUUGAAGGGAAUAAUGGUGAAGCAAGGAAUGUCAAUAUUUUAUAAGCAAGGGGAAGAGGAAGAGGAAAAUUUACAUAGCUAUGGGGUAAGGAAAUUUAACAGAAAUGGUGGAAGGUUUCUUGGUGAGUCUGAUAGAAAAACUCAAGCUUUUAUUGAAUUAAUGAAAAGUAAUAAAUCUUCUACGAUAAGACCUUGUCCUUAUGAUGUAAUUCUAAUUGAUGAUGAAGAUUACAAGCAAGCAUCUCAUAAAAGCAAUAAAUCUUCACAGGAGUUAGAAAUUAUCGAUGAGAAAUAAGGCAGAUCUAAUCAUGUUUCAUUCAAGUAGCCACUGAGAAGAUUCUUUAAUACCCAUGUUCGGUAAGUCCGUUGCAAGAAUUGCAACAAUUUAGGCCAUACGAAAAGUCAAUGCACUGAACCUCUAAAGGAGACCUAGACUCUAUGCUUGUUUUGUAGAUAGCCAGGCCACCUAGAUUUAAAUUGCAAAUUAAAGUAAGAGAGCUGCAAUAGAUGCUUGGGACUUGGUCAUAAAAGAAAUAAAUGUCCAACUCUAUGCUAUCCUGACUAGGAGUUUGAGUACCACGUCAAUAGUAUUAUCUACCUAAAUAAUGAAAGAGAAGACUACUAUUACCUAGAAGAGGUCAAUAACAAAUAUGAUUUGGAAUUGUACGAAUGCAUUUAAUGUGGGAAAAAAGAAUAUUAUUGCCAAUGUAAGCCUAAGAGACUCGAAGCACUUAAGCUUAAGACAGAUUUAAUUGUGUGUCAGAAAUUCGAUUGUCAUCAAGAAUUUGCAACUGUACUUAGAACUCAGGGUAUGAGCAAUAAACUGCAAUUCAAGAUUAAAGAGCCAGACCUCGACAUCAUUAAAUCGUUCGGCUUACGAAACUAAGACAACCAAGAUUCAAGCUCAGAUGAGAUAAUGGAAAUUGAUUAGGAUAGUUUUGUCAAUCAUAAGUAAUAAAGUUAACCUUAAAUGAGCUCCUAAGAUUUAGAAGAUAUUUUUAUGGUACCUGAGGGUCAUUAAUAUGAUACUAUUUAUUGCUAGGGUUGUGGUGGUUAGAAUCAUCCUUAUAAUAACUGUGAUAACUAUCUGCUAAAUAGAGGAAAUUAAUCAAGACCUAAUAAUUCUUCAAAGCAUUAUGAUAUUUCUUCUUAUUCUGGAAGUAAUCCUAAUAAAGAAGCAAAACGAGCAAGAAAAUUUGAUUAGGCUUAAGAAAGAAUAAGUUAAUUAGCGAACAAUAGAGAUUUACUUUUAAAGCUUCAAGGUAAUUCUGAAUUAUUAGCAACUAGCCAAAAUGUAGACAAGUUAUCGUUUAACUCAACAUAAAGCUCAACAAUAGGAUCUCCUGAUUGCAAAGCUUCAAUAAACCAAUAAUAAUUAGAUCAAUUGCAGCAAGAAUACUCAGAAAUCUUUAGCUCUCUAUAUUCACCUAUUCCUUGCUAGAUCAAUCCCGUUUAGCAAUAAUAAGCAAUUUAGCCUAUGAAUUAGCCUCAGAGAAAACCUAAUUUAUGGUCUAAUUCCCAUCACAAGCAAGACCAAAUUGAAAUGUCCUUGCAGAAUAGAAUGGCUCUAAACUAUUGGAAAUGA